AUGGAUUCAGAUGAAGAUGCGCCUUUCACGGCCAGACGCGCCAAGCCCGCUGCUGCGCCCGCCGCCCGUCCCGCUGCCCCGCUCCGCCCGCACUCCUCUCCCGCCGAUCGUCCGCGUUCUUCGCCCGGCGGCGGGAGAGGCGGCGGAAGAACCGGCGCGAAUAGCGGCGUCCGCCCACCGAUGAAGAGCGAGCCGCGCCACGCGUCGGAUGACGACGACGACGUGCCGUUGGGAAAGCUAGCGGCCGGCCCGGGCUCGGCACCUCGGCCGGGGGAUAAACGGCCGGCGGAACGGUAUCCGGGGAACGGGGGAGCGCGGGAUGGCAGCGGCGGGGGUCGCGACGGGCCGAGCCCCGCGGAAAAGCGGGCGAAGGCGGAGCCUGUGACUGUAAAGGGGGAGAACGAUUCGCGUGGUUCUAGGGACGGGGGAAACGCGGGGAACGGGUCCGGAGGGGCUGGGAGGGUGAAACCCGAACGGGCAGAUGAGGACGACGAGAAGCCGCUUAGGAGCUUGCGUCCAGGCAGCGGGCAGGGGAGCGGGCAGGGCAGCGGGCCGGGCAGGGGAGUGAAGAAAGCGGAAAAGGCGGAGAGCGAGGAGGAGGAAGAGGAGGGGAGUGAGGAGGAAGGAAGUGAGGAGGAGGGGAGCGAGGAGGAAGGGAGUGAGGAGGAGGGGAGCGAAGAGGAGGAGAGCGAGUCUGAGAGCGAUGAGGACGUGCCUCUAGCGAAACGAGCUGGAGCGGGUGGGAGCGCUGCUGCUGGUGGUGCUGCCGGUGCUAAGGCAGGUGCCAGAGCGCCAGCGGGGGGAAAGAAGGGGGCGGCGAAGGGCGCGGCGAAAGGCAGUGCGGCGGGGGGAGCGAAGAAGGGGAAGAAGGAGGACAACUCGGUGAAGUGGAAGACGCUGUCUCACAAUGGGGUGAUCUUCCCACCGCCCUACACGCCCCAUGGCGUGAAGAUGCUGUAUAAUGGCAAGCCCGUCGACCUCACUCCUGCUCAGGAAGAGGUAGCCACCAUGUUUGCAGUGAUGCGAGAAACGGAGUACGCAACAAAGCCGGUGUUUCUGAAGAACUUUUGGAACGACUGGCGCAAGAUACUGGGGCCACGGCACGUGAUUCAGAAGCUGGAGUUGUGCGACUUCUCGCCCAUCUGGGAGUGGCACCUGGCAGAGAAGGAGAAGAAGAAGCAGAUGACCAGUGAGGUGAGCGGUUCAGAGCGUUUUGAGGGAGAGACAGAUGGUUGCAGGGCUCUGAACGCACUUUCAGGUGCCCACCCGCUCACAGCACUCUCGUCUUUUCCCUCCCUAUUGCGGCACCAGGAGAAGAAGGCUCUGAAGGAGGAGAAGCUAAAGGCAGAGGAGAAAUACAUGCAUGCAGUGAUUGAUGGGUUGAAGGAGAAGGUUGGCAACUUCCGGGUGGAGCCGCCUGGGCUGUUCAGAGGACGGGGCGAGCAUCCCAAGAUGGGCAAGCUAAAGCGGCGGAUAAUGCCGGAGGAUAUCGUGAUCAACAUUGGCAAGGAGGCACCCGUGCCCGAAUGCCCCAUACCCGGCCACAGGUGGAAGGAGGUGCGACACGACAACACGGUCACAUGGCUUGCGUACUGGUUCGACCCGAUCAACCAAAAGGACUUCAAAUACGUCUUCCUCGCUCCCAGCAGCCGCCUGAAAGGCCUCUCGGACAAGGAGAAGUACGAGAAGGCACGGAAGCUCAAGGACCACAUAGGCAAGAUCCGCGCCACGUACACAAAGCACUUCACAUCCAAGGACGACCAGAUCCGGCAGGUGGCUGUCGCAACGUACCUCAUUGACAGGCUGGCACUGAGAGCAGGCAAUGAAAAGGAUGAUGACGAGGCGGACACGGUGGGUUGCUGCUCGCUCAAAGUGGAACACGUCACACUCGUGCCGCCCUCCUCGCUGCAGUUUGACUUCCUGGGUAAGGAUUCGAUCCGCUAUUUCAACACGGUCGAAGUGGAGCCUCUUGUGUACAAGGCGAUAGGGGGCUUCAGGAAGGGCAAGAAGAAGGACGAGGACCUGUUUGAUAAGCUCGACACGACGAGGCUCAACGCGCAUCUCAAGGAGAUCAUGCCCGGCCUCACUGCUAAAGUCUUCCGUACCUACAACGCAUCCAUCACACUUGACACACUGUUGCAAGAUACGGUGGGGAGCCUGGUGGUGGAGAAGGUGGCGGACUACCAGCGAGCCAACAAGGAGGUGGCCAUUCUCUGCAACCAUCAGCGAUCCGUGUCCAAAGCGCAUGCAGCGCAGAUGGAGAAGAUGCAGGCCAAAAUGAAGGAGCUGGAGGAUGCGGUGGAGGAGAUGGAAGAGGAUUUGGAUCGGGUACGCAAGGGGAAGUCGCCCGUGAAGAGAGAGGGCGAGGGGGCGCGCAAGGUCAACCCUGAAGCACUAGAGAAGAAGUUAGCUCAAUCCAAAGCGCGGCUGGAGAAGAUGAAGCUGGACAUGAGCAUAAAGGACGAGCUGAAGACGGUGGCGCUGGGCACGUCAAAGAUCAACUACAUGGACCCGCGCAUCACCAUCGCCUGGUGCAAGCGCCACGACGUGCCUAUAGAGAAGGUCUUCAACAAGUCACUGCUUGCCAAGUUCGGAUGGGCCAUGGAUGUCUCUCCCGAUUUCCGCUUCUAA